ACGGAAAUGAUGCAGCUUAUGUCGGAAACCGGAAUCUUGCUAAGAUUUACGCAUGUUGGGUCUUGUAGUUUUAACCCGAAAACUAGCUGCGUAUUUGUCCAAAUGUCACCUUAAACGAAACUACAGCUCCCGUGUUCAUUAGAUUCGUACAACAUGGCUGCCCCCUCAGUUGCAGCAAGUGAGUUGCUGCACAGCAUGAAUAAACAAAUAUCAACAUUUUAUCCAAAGGCUUCGUGUGUAAUUAGAAGAAUAAGCACGUCCCACGCACGAUGUGGCAGUCAACCGCAACCGAGAGCAAAAAGUGCUUCCCAGCAGCUGGUUGGAGUGGUGGGCUUGGAAAUCCACGCCCAGAUUAACUCCAAGAGCAAGUUGUUCUCUGGCUCAUCGGUUUGCUUCUCAGCACCUCCGAACUCCCUCGUGUCAUUCUUUGAUGCAUCCUUGCCUGGCACAUUACCCGUUCUGAACAAACGAUGUGUCGAGGCAGCUGUGAUGACAGGAUUGGCUCUCAACUGCGCUAUAAACAGGAAGUCACUUUUUGACAGGAAACACUACUUCUACGCUGACCUCCCUGCUGGAUACCAGAUAACUCAGCAGCGACUGCCCAUCGCAGUAGACGGCAAGCUGACUUACAGCCUCCUCGGAGGGAAAAAAAAGAACCAGGUCAUCAGAAAAACUGUCAACAUCAAACAGAUUCAGCUGGAGCAGGACAGUGGCAAGAGCCUCCAUGAUGACCUCCGCAGCCAGACACUCAUAGACCUCAACAGAGCAGGUGUAGGUCUAAUGGAGCUGGUGAUGGAGCCAGACAUGAGCUGUGGAGAGGAGGCUGCUGCAGCUGUCAGAGAGCUUCAGCUCCUCCUGCAAUCCCUCGGCACCUGUCGAGGCAACAUGUCUGAGGGACAGCUGAGAGUAGAUGCCAACGUGUCUGUCCACAAACCAGGCGAGCCCCUGGGCGUCAGGACAGAGGUCAAGAACCUCAAUAGCAUCCGCUACUUGGCCAGGGCUAUCGACUACGAGAUCCAGAGACAGAUGGGUGUUCUGCAGCGAGGAGGGACAGUCCAAAACGAGACCCGGGCAUAUGAUUCCAAAUCAGGGGAGACCGUGCCUAUGAGAGACAAAGAGGGUCUUCAGGAUUACAGGUUUAUGCCAGAGCCCAACCUGCCCCCUCUGAUUGUGUAUGAGGAUAACGCAUCGCUGCCUGCUGGCACUGAUGCGUGCCAGGCGGUGGUGGUGCAGAAGAUAAGGGCAGAGCUGCCAGAGCUACCCAGUGUCAAAAGAGACAGGCUGGUGCAAACAUACGGCAUCCUGCCCGAGCACAGCUUCACUCUGAUGAAUGAGGAUGGGCUGGUGGAGUACUUUGAAGCGGUGUUGAAGGCUACAACGAAGGAGCCAAAGAAGGUUAUUGGCUGGGUGAUAAAUCAGCUGUUGGGACACCUCAAACAACAGGACAUGAGUGUGAGCCAGAGCCCUAUCACUCCCUCUGCCCUGGCUGAGCUGCUGGAACUCCAGGAAACAGGACAUAUCUCCUCUUCGAUUGCCAAGCAGGUGUUCCAGGAGAUGUGGAGGUCAUCGGGCAAGACAGCCCUGCAGAUCAUCCAGGAGAAGGACUUAGGCCUUAUUAGUGACAUUACACAGCUGCAGAGCAUCUGUCAGAAGGUGCUAGACUCGCACCCCAAUGAGGUUGAUGCCAUCAGAAAAGGAAGCAAGAAGAUUCUGAACAAUCUGAUGGGGCUCGUUCACAAGGAGACCAAAGGCCGAGCCGACCCAGUUCUGGUGAGGGCAAUUUUAGAAGAGAAGACUUCGUGAAGGUCGAACUUUUCAUCACAGAGCGGGAGUGAAAUCACGGCAUAUGUGACCUUCGCGAAGUCAUAUUGUAGGUAUCUGUAUCUUCUUUGGGUUGAUUUAACUAUUGAUGUUCAAGCUGAAAAUUAAAAUUAAUCUUUAGAACUUGAGAAGAUGAAAUUUUUGUAAAUACUGAAUAAUGUUUUUAAAAGACAGCAGACACGAUCUUCUGUAUUUAUGUACAGUAUUUAUGUGUUUAAAAAGUAAUAAAGAUUUUCAGAUGAA